AUGAAGUGUCGGCUCUUGCCCCAGCUAGAGAAGUCCACGCGGUAUAACACCACAAAAUAUUUGGGUCCUUGCACGCGCUCUGUUCCGAAAUUCCGAAUACGGUAUAUAAAGGACGACCCAAACUCUUUGAGAACCUUGGGUCUGGAGCAGAUCGGCUCAGUCGGGCGGACUCUUCAGAAAAAUACCAACAUGCCGCCGUUUAACGACGCUGCAUAG